CACACCUGCAUACCUCGUCGCGCGACUUGUCGAGCGACCGUAUAUAGACGGUGGCUCGACAUUGUUUAUAUACGGUCGCUCGACACCGUUGCAUGAGCGUUUAGCGUCCACACUACCAUUGUUAUUUUUUCAUGUAGUUUCUGCUCGGCAGUCAUGGAGGACAUUGCUCUGUGCGGGGUGAGCGCGUGCCUAGUGAUAAUUGCCGAUGAAGAUGGAAGAAACAGAAAACGCAAACGUUGGUGGUGUCGCGAUUUGUUUGAGGAGGGGCCGAGAUUUGCUGUUGGACUAUUGGAUAAAUUGAAACUGAACGACGCCACGGGUUUCACAAAUUUCACCCGCCUAACACCUACAGAUUUCGAAGAGUUACUUCUGAUGGUCGGAGGGCAAAUAAUGAAACAGGACACCAAAUUUAGAGAAACAAUACCAGCGUCUGUUCGACUUGGUGUCACACUGCGAUUCCUUGCAAGUGGAGACUCCUUCGCAAGCCUCAUGUACACAUUCAGGAUAUCAAAACAGGCAAUAUCACAAAUAGUCCCAGAAGUUUGCGAAGCAAUUAUUUCAGCACUGAAACAAUAUGUGAAGAAACCAUCUUCCGAAGCUGAAUGGAGAAUUGUUGCUAAUGACUUCGAGACAAGAUGGAAUUUUCCACACUGCUUAGGGAGCAUUGAUGGCAAGCACAUUCAGAUGAUUGCACCUGCCCAUAGCGGCAGUUUGUAUUACAACUACAAAACACCUUUAGUAUAG